AUGUUUCAAGCGAGGAAAGACGCCAUAACUGCAGCAUCAAGAGCUAAGAAAUUUGGACUCAUUCUAAGUACAUUAGGAGGGCAACGAAGUCUAAGGGUGCUAGAGGUAUUGCAUACAGCUAAAUGUGAAAAUUUUAUGAGUAAAUAUACUUUUUGAACGGAGUUCUACUUUGUGUGAUUCAAAAUUAAACCUUCAGUUGUGCGUUGAAAGUAAUCGGCUAUCAGUUCGCCAUGUCAUGGGUUGACUGACGUGAACAAUCCAAGCUACCCUCUCAACCAAUCAGGUGCAAGGCAAAUACCAAUCGUGACUCGGUCAAUAAUGUUGCUCUCACUGUACCUUUUAAUUUUAGUUCCCAUCGGGUUUUGAUUAUAUUUUCCAACGUAGUGAUUGGCCAUCUGCUGGUGACUACUAUGUUUUUGGUAUUACGGCACACUAUCGAAAUGCACUUUAAGACAUGACUCAAAAUCUCUGGACAAAAUCAAUUCAUUCUCGCAUCUAAAUAUAAGUUUUUCUGAUGCAAUUAACUUUGGGGAAGGCUGCAAAUUUAAAUUUAAAUUCUCCAGUUUUCUUACGAUGUAAUGUGUGGAAUAUUUUCGUCUAUGCAGAAGAAUCUCUAUUUUUUGGGCAUCCUUAUUUAAACGUUUUCUCUACUUGAGGGACACAAACUUUGAUUAAAACCCUUGUAUUCGAUGCCGUCAUUGAGGGGACACCCCUAGUUCAGGGGUAUUUUGCUCGUGACGGUUAUUAUUCAUGUUAUCAUCUUUUCCCAAGAGUUCAUAAAGCAGAUUUCAUGAAUCCUUUCAUCUUUUAAUUUUAUUGCAGAAGUUAGAAGAACGAUUCAGCAAGGCGGGCCUGGAAUAUGUAAUUGUACUCAUGUACGUCUGAAAUAUUUCCGGGUAAACUUGGAUUGUUCGAGGACGUGGAAGCGUAAGUUGCUUUUCUUUUUUAAGAUGUGAAAACUGCUUUCCGUCGAUAAGAUAAGAUAAGAUAAGAUAAGAACCGUCUUCACAUAAAUUCUGUUUUGUCAAUUGUCCUCAACAAAAAUCGCAUAAUCAGGGCGUGAAAUUGCGCCCAAUACAGGCGCCAAUGCGACUAAAUUUUUUCACUUUUGUGACCAAAUCCUGAUCUGUGAUCUUUGAUUAAAAUCCUAAGAGGGCACAAAAGACUAGAAAUAGAACGGCACUAGAUACUAACGAAACAAUGGAUGAAAACACUAGCAUACUAAGCUACAGGAGAGACUAACGUAACAAUCGAAUAUAAGGCGGUCCUAAGACUGCGCGAGACAGUUACGAGAUAGGUAAUGCGCGGAGAUGCUGUCGUAACAAUGUAAUCAAAGAACAUCCUAAAACUGCCUGAGAUACCGAAGUAACAAUCAACUGAAAGAGAAACUUAAAGAGAAAACAGAGAUAGAAGCUAAAAAAUUAGCUACUAACAUAACAAUCCAAUCUAAGAAAAUCCUAAAAAUGCGCGAGACACUAACGUAACUUUCCAAAGAAGGAAUAUCCCGAAAGUGGGCAAAACACGAACCAAACAAUCAAAAGUGCAAAAGGGCACGAAGCAGUAGUGAAUGAAAGGGAAUCCUUAAACGGCACAAGAUACAAAUGCAACAAUCAAAUGAUAAAGAAUCUUUAAAGAGUGCGAGAUACUAACAUAACAAUCCGAUGAAAGAAAAUCCUAAAAGUGUGCAAGAUAUUAACGUUAAAAUUAAAUGAAAGAAAAUCCUAAAAGUGCACGAGGUGCUGUGACAAAAUCCAAUAAAAGAGAAUUCUUAAGGUGAGCGAGAUACUAACGUAACAGUCCAAUGAAGGAUAAUUCUUAAAGUGCGCGAGGUACUAACGUAAUAAUCUACAAAAUGGAAUUCUAAAAGCGCGCGAAGUACUCACGUAAUAAUCUACAAAAUGGAAUUCUAAAAGCGUGCGAGGUACUAACGUAACAAUCUAACGAAUGAGAAUUCUUAAAGUGCGCGAGGUACUCACGUAAUAAUCUACAAAAUGGAAUUCUAAAAGCGUGCGAGGUACUAACGUAAUAAUUUACAAAAUGGAAUUCUAAAAGCGUGCGAGGUACUAACGUAACAAUCUAACGAAUUAGAAUUCUUUAAGUGCGCGAGGUACUAACGUAAUAAUCUACAAAAUGGAAUUCUAAAAGCGCGCGAGGUACUAACGUAAUAAUCUACAAAAUGGAAUUCUAAAAGCGCGUAUGGUACCAACGUAACAAUCCGAAAAAAAGAGAAUCCUAAAAGUGUCCAGGAUACCUGGGUAGUAAUCGAUUGAAAGAAAAGCUUUUAGUCUGCGAGAUACCAACCAACACAAUUGAAAGAAAGAGAAAUUAUAAGAUAGCGCGCGUGCAUGCACUCUACAAUUCCUGUUAAGCCGCUAUGAACAAAAUCUUUAUUUACGCACGCCCGUGCGUAAAUAAGAUGACGUGAUCAAUUUUUUUCUACCUGGCUUUCCGUCCUGUUAAACUGCAGUGCAGUUUUCCUUCUCUUUGAAAUAUGGAAGAAACCAGCGAAGAAACCAGCGAAGAACUUCCCAAUAAAAGGCUUCUUCGCGCAGAUCCUUGUUGUCGCUCUGUUAUAAAAGAAUUUGCUCAUGCUUUAAGCUGGGCGUAUAUCGAGUUAUGGAUGCACUUGGGAAGUUUGAAGGGCACUCAAAAAAGAGCACUCUAGCACUCAAAAAGCCAGAGUUGCUCUCGGCUGCGCCUCGAGCUACCCUUCCGCAUUUUUCUUGCUCUCCAAACUUCCCGCGUGCAUCCAUAACUCGAUAUACGCACGUUAAGCAUCAACAAUUUCUUAACUUAAAUGGCCCGUGAUAAAAAUAUAGCAAUCGAUAAUAAGAGCAGCCUAAAAGUGUGAAAGAUGCUAAAGUAGCAAUCCAAUCGAAGACAAUGCUGAAAAUGCGCAUGACAAUAUCGUAGCUCUUGAAUGAAAGAGAAUCCUGAAAGUGGGCAAGACACUAACCUUAGUUAGUUGAUCAGAUAGCCGAAUGAAAAAGAAAAACCAGAAGAUAGGUCUCGGUCUCUCUUGCUUAAGCGAGUGUUCUAAAGCCAGCCCUCAAAAGUUGGUCGUGUUACAUUGCAUCUCCUUGCGGGCAUCGGCAUGUCGCAGUACUAUAAGUGGUUCUAUAAGAAGCGUGACUUUUCCAUGUUUUCUUUGUUUUUCCCUCUCAUGGAACUCGCUGUACUCGCUGUAAAUUUUGUUGAACUUUCACCUUCACAUAAGAGUGAAAUAUUAGGGUUAGGAAAUUUCGAAAAACGUUUCCAGUUUGAGUAAAAUUAAAGUUUAGUCAGAAGUGCUUUUAAGGAUUGAAGUUAGAAAUAUGAAAAGAGAGAGAUUCAAUCGACUUUUUGGUACGGGAUGUGACUUUUUCUCUCCUUUGUUGUCUCUCAAAGGAACUCUUCGUGCUGCCAAAGAAGGUUUUUAGAGUUUCACGCUUUACAAACAAGAACUACACUCUCUUCCGAAACUUACCAAAACGUGGCCAAAAAAUUUAAGCUGCUAGGAUAUCCACGCCUCAAAACAAUGGUGAAAUAUUCAUGUGCACGCACAAAAAAAAGUCAACAUCAAUGACUUUUGUUUCAGAAACUCAAUAUGCGAGUUUUACUUUUUUUUCAGCCACUUUCUCCAACGGAGGCGAUGCAACUAUGUCAUCUGAAUAUAAAAGCGAACGAGUGUAACAAUCGAAAACCGAGCUUUACCCAAUUUUGACCCCAUAUUACUAAUUGUUUGUUUCCGAGUAUCUUUGAAGAUCGACACACUUAAGAAAGAUGAGUGUCAGUCUUUUUCUGUGCCAAAAACAGAACCCUCAGAUAUGAUUUUCUUAGCGGUUGCUGUGACGCUACCUUCAAAAUUACUUCAUCAUGGUCUCUCGCCUGCGGUUGAUAAAAAGAAAAUGAAACAAACUUUAACUUUUCCUUGUAGAGGAAACGAAUGUUAUCGGUGAAUCUUAGAAACUUGGGGAAAAAUAACUCUUACCUUUAAUUUGAAGAGAGAAUUUUAUGGAUGAAAUUAGCGAUGAGUUUUUAACAACCUGUCGUGAUACUACAGACAUGAAAGGAGACAAUACAUAAUUCACCAAAGCCUUUCGCUCCAUAAAAAAAAACUUUUUGUAACAGAAAAAUGUAGGGUGGAGUCGAAGCACCACAGAAACUUAGAAGAAAAAUCUUGCCUUUGAAGAGAGUAUUUAAAUAUUUGAGUGCUAAUAUGCGUUUGAGUUUGAAGCACUCCCUGUAAAAGUUUGCAAUAUAAUAUACUUGAGUAAGCACUUAAAAAAUAAUACGUCACUGACAAUACACGCUUCGUUCGUUCACUGGUUAUACGAAAGGGAAAACUUUCUUCAGCCAUUACUUUGCAAGAUGGAAAUCAAAUAUCAAAUAUUAAUUUAACAUAUGACCCUUGUGGACUCACGCGCGCUUUUAUUGAAAAAGAGAAUGGUGUUUAAAUUACGACUACGGAUAACAAAGCUGCGUGAUAAUCUUCAGAACAAGUAAAAAAGGACAAGAAAAGUUGCUAGAUUAACGCGUUUAAAAGCCUUUAAAAAAAUGGCACCGAUAACCUUUAAAAGUCCAAAUUUGUGGGUGGAAAGCUAACUUCCACAAGUCUUUGAUGUAUUCCUUUCGAUAUGGCAAUCGCUGUAUGUGAUGGUCGCCCUCACUGUCAGUCUCUGGAAUAUCAUCAAGGACAGGAAGGGAAGAGCCAAAACUUUCCAAACGAAUUUAAGCAGAAUGGAGCCCAACUUCUUGAAUGUUUGUCCCGUCACUAAAAGAUUAUUAACUUCAUGCAAAUGGCUGUCAAAAGAUGCAGUUGAUUGUUAUUUCAAAUGCAAAUCGCGCUAAUAAAUGUUUUGUCUACAAAUAUGAUUGCCCUGUAUUUCGAAGUACAGUUUGAUUGUCUUUUAUCUGAUGAAAAUAUAAUUUCAACUAAUAAAUACUGAGAGGGUACUGUUUGUUUUGAAACAAUGUUGAAUGUCGUUUAAAUUGCCAAUAUCGUUCUGCUAUUUCUAUCGCGCGUUUUUUUUCCGUCUAAAUGAAAGUUAUGCGAAAGAAUAGCAAAAGAUGUAUUAUUAACAUUUCCUUAAUUCUUAUCGGGCCAUAACUGACUGAUAUACAGCUGCUCAGUGAUUGAAAAUAUCCGCCCAUAAGAUCGUUAUUUAAAUACAACCUCAAGUAUGUUUAUAGAUGUCCAAAUGGAUAACAGACCUAGAUUUGUGAGAGACUUCAAGCUUCUAUUACAGAAAUAAUAAAGAAAUCCAACUCAAAACACUAUUUUUUUAUUCAACUUAAGCGGGCUAAAGUACCUACAAUCGAUCUUGUAGCAAUCUAUUGCGCAACCAUCAGGUCCUGCCUAGACUACGCCUGCCCAGUGUUCCACCAUGCACUUCCGAAAUAUCUACAAGUCGAUCUGGAGAGAGUGCAGAAAAGAGCCCUCGCAUGCAUCUUCCCUGGAGCAUCAUACAAAGAAGCCCUCGAUCAAGCAAACAUCCCAAGCUUGAGAACCCAUCAAGAACAGUUGACAUCGACACUUUUCCGAUCAGUUUUAGAAAACAAAAACAACAAAAUUCAUUCUUUAAUCCCAAAAAGUUAUCAGGCUAAUUACAAUUUUAGGAAACAGAGGAGUUUCAAUCUUAAUCGUUGUAAGACCG